AUGACACACCGGGCUCAUGAUUUUGGCGAUCGCCAUCAUCAUCCUGAUUCGUCUGCUCGCCCGCCCGGUCCGCGAGGAGGACCUACAGACUUUCCCAGCAGUAAUGCGAUUCGCAGCCGUGUCCAGUAUUCGACUUCACCUGCUCCUGAGCGGCCACCGCCCGUGCCACCCAAACCAACUCAAACAAGGCACAGUCGCUCCAUGAGCCAUCCGUUUCCUUCAAUGAACAACGUCGCCGAGGUUCCAUCUUCGUCGCACUUCGCCCAGACAAGGCUUCCCGACGAGCGCAGGGAUGGUCGAACAAUGGCCCGACAGAUGGAUAGCGGGCUCAGAAAAGUUGCCGGCACCAGUGGAAAAGAUUUUGCAACUGGAAGUUGUAUGACGUGCGGUGGUCUUGUUCGAUGGCCUAGCAACCUCACUGCCUUCAAAUGUACGACUUGCGCCACGGUGAACGAUUUAGAGUCUGUGGAUGACUAUGACACACCCGGGGCUCAUCGAAGAGACGAAUCUGCUUCCGGAGUCACACAGAAAAACGCCGAAUUUGGACGGGGACCUGUCCAGCCUAUUUCGUUGCUCCACACCAAAAACAUUGUUCGCCGCUGUCUGCAAUCCCAUAUAUCGAGGAGACUCGAAGAAAAUCAAGGAUUAUACCGAAAGGACUUUCCAUGGCAGCCAGCCUCGGAGCAGCCCCAGACCGUUGGAGCGGGCGGCGGCGGUGAAGGCCUAUUGCAGCCCGAUUCAAGACGUCGCUUCGGAACACAGUUUCUCAACACACCAACUGGAAACUCACAUGGUGAUUCACCAAGGACGAUCGCUAGGCCGCAACGGUCGCUCUCAUAUGGCGUUUCGGAUACACCUACUGUGAAUUACUACUCAGCCGGGCCUAGUGUUGGUGCCGAAGGCUCAAGCCCCGGCAGGUCCCCUUCUUAUGAACCGCAAACUAUAUUCAAGGCACUGGAAGAUUACAUCAUGGAAUGCUUCAAGGCACCUGACUGUCUCAAUUCGUCUUUCAUGCAUCAUAAUUAUCCUGUUGGGUCAGAGCAACAAAUCCGAAGAAAGCCAGUGCCGUCCAGAGAACCAGCGCUAUUGAGAGAACCAGCAUCGUCAAGAGAAGCGCGUGUACCGUCGCGAGAUCGAAGUCGACCUCGUGGUAAUACUGAUACAAAUAUGGUUAUCGGCCAACUAGACCCAAAGCUUCUCUUGUUGGGCGAUGUGGCGGAGAACGGGCUGUGGUGGACUGGUAGCCGUCCUCAACAUCCUCCACCAGCACCCAAACCCAAGCCACCGGAUCAUGCGAGAAGGAUUUCCUCAGCGGUCAAGCCUCUACAAAUGGACUGGACCGAGCUCGAUAACUGGUAUCGGACUGUUAUUGGACCUGCGGAGGGCUGGCAUUCGGUCUUCACGGAAAUUUCGUCGGCAAAAUCCGUCGUCGACUUUGACCUAGCAACACUGGAGAAUGAAUUUGUACAGGCCCAGCUCCAUGUUCAUCGAAUGCUUCUCAAACACACAGAAAUGCUCUUGAAACGCCCUCGAUAUUCCAUUUCACGGCCGGCUGAUUUGCGGUUUUUACUCGUCAUACUGGAAAAUCCUCUGUUGCACAGCAGUCAGCUGCCACUGGAAGGAUUGCUAUAUCGCAGCGGUGUUGGACGGAGACCGCAAGCAAUACACCAACUGGCUCAGAAAGACCGAUCAGCAGCCAUGCCUUCUUCUGGUCCGCUAUCUGGCCAACAUUCAGGCAUCAUCAAGCGACUAAUUGGUCUUAUCUCAAAUUCAACACCACUCUGCCACAACCACUUGAUUUCCUGGUGGAUCAAGUUUGAAAGAGACCGCUACGUUAAAGCGAAAGAUUUAUUUUCUGGUUUUCUCUCAUACAGAAUGCUCAGGCAAAGGAAUAAAAAACCGGUCAAGACUCCAGACGAAGACGCAGUAACCUCGUUUUUGAUACCCCAGAUGCGGAGUGGUCAAUCUGGUGCGCAAAUACAUGAUGAGAUCGGAGCCCUGAGCCUGUCAAACACGUCCAAAAAAAUCACCGAGCCGGAAAAGAUAACAUCAUAUCCGGAUGACUGGCAAGUGAAAGCGACUUCACGCGUCCUGGCUCUCAUAUUUGCCGCCAAUGACCCCAGUGCUGCUCGGGAUGCUCAUCUUCAUCACCACAGUGGCCACAAGCUACCAAGCAGUGACUUCUAUGUUUCCAUGGUUGACUAUGUUGAUCUCGUCAAAGAUUUUGAUACUUGGGAAGCCAAGCAAGGAACAUUUUCCUUUUGCCAAUACCCCUUUCUUCUUAGUCUCUGGGCCAAGACGUCGAUACUAGGCUACGACACGCGGAGACAAAUGCAAACGAAAGCAAGGGCUGCGCUGAUUGAUAGUAUCAUGUCCAACAAGUCUGUUCAGCAGUAUUUGACUCUUACUGUCCGCCGCGAAUGCCUCGUCGACGACAGUUUAAUGGCGGUGAGCGAGGUCAUUGGUAGUGGGACAGAUGAUAUCAAAAAAGGCCUACGAAUCAAAUUUCGGGGCGAAGAAGGAAUUGAUGGCGGCGGUCUGAGAAAAGAGUGGUUUCAGCUGGUCAUUCGAGACGUCUUCAACCCGGAUUAUGGCAUGUUUCUCUAUGACGAAGAUUCCAAAUUCUGCUACUUCAAUCCCAACUCCCUGGAAUCUACGGAUCAAUACUUUUUGGUGGGUGUGGUUUUGGGCUUGGCCAUAUACAAUUCGACAAUUCUUGACGUGCCACUUCCACCAUUUGCGUUCAAAAAACUGCUGGCCGCCGCGCCUGGCCACGGUAUGACAUCGUUGGCUCAUGCCCCCCCUCACUUGAGGUAUACGCUCGAUGAUCUCGCAGAGUAUCGCCCAAGCCUUGCACGAGGGCUGCAGCAACUGCUUGAAUAUGAUGGAGAUGUUGAGUCUACAUUCGCACUGGACUUUAUCAUUGAAAACGACAGAUUUGGAUCUCUAACAACAGUACCUUUGUGCGACGGCGGAGAGCGACGACCGGUCACGAACGCCAACAGGCGGGAGUAUGUGGAUCUAUACAUUCGCUAUGUGCUGGACGCGUCGGUGCGACGCCAAUUUGAUCCCUUCCGACGAGGAUUCUACAACGUUUGCGGUGGAAAUGCAUUCUCUCUCUUUCGCCCAGAAGAAAUCGAGUUGCUCAUCCGGGGCUCCGACGAGCCACUUGACGUUGACUCGCUGCGAGCUGUCGCCGAAUACCAAAAUUGGGAUAGCAAGCAGCCCGACGGGGCAGAACCAGUCGCGGGACCGGGUGAUCAGCGUCGCUUGCUUUCAUUCAUUACUGGCAGUGAUCGCAUACCGGCUACUGGUGCCACGUCGUUGAGAAUCAAACUGUCGUGCCUUGGCGAUGAUUGCCUUCGAUUCCCGGUCGCAAGGACAUGCUUCAACCUACUAUCCUUAUGGCGCUACCGCACAAGAGAGAAGCUUGAAUAUGUUCUUUGGAGAGCCGUGAAAGAAAGCGAAGGAUUUGGCCUCAAGUAG